UAAAUACAAUUGCUGUAACAAUGGCUUCCAUUUGUCAAGUGCUUUCUGUGUGCCGGGCACAAUGGCAUGUCUACAUUUAUUUCCCCACGGUCCUUGGAGGCGGCUGCUGUCAUUAGCUCAUCUCACAGCACAGGUGUGCAUUGGAAUCAUCGUGAUACUGAUCAUAUACAACUUUUGGUUCCUCUAUGUCCCUUAUAUGACAUGGCUUUACUUUGACUGGAGUACCCCAGAGCAAGGAGGCAGGAGAUCCAACUGGGUCAGAAGCUGGACCGUUUGGAAGUAUUUUAAGGACUAUUUUCCAAUUCACCUCAUCAAAACUUGGGAUUUGGAUCCAAGUCACAACUAUGUAUUUGGGUUUCACCCCCAUGGAGUGCUUGUUGCUGGAGCCUUUGGAAAUUUUUGUACAAAUUAUUCGGACUUCGAGGAGCUGUUUCCUGGCUUCACUGCAUAUCUUCAUGUGCUCCCAUUUUGGUUCUGCUGUCCUCUCUUUCGAGAAUAUCUGAUGAGCAGUGGGUCAGUCUCAGUUUCUAAGAAAAGUGUGUCCCAUGUGCUGAGCAAGGAGGAAGGUGGAAACAUUUCAAUCAUUGUUCUUGGGGGUGCAGAGGAAUCACUGGAUGCCCAUCCUGGAAAAUUUACUCUGUUCAUCCGCCAACGGAAAGGAUUUGUUAAAAUUGCUUUGACCCAUGGCGCCUCCUUGGUCCCGGUGUUUUCUUUUGGAGAAAAUGAGCUAUUUAAACAAGUUAACAACCCUGAAGGCUCAUGGCUUCGAAUUGUGCAAGAGAAGCUACAGAAGAUCAUGGGCUUUGCUUUGCCGCUGUUCCACGCCAGAGGAAUUUUUCAAUACAAUUUUGGCCUGAUGCCCUAUAGGAAACCUAUCCACACUGUUGGCCCAACAUGAUGGUAGCGUCUAACGCUCAGGCACCGGCCACACAAACCAAUAUUGACAUCUAGAAGCUGUUUAUAUCAUGCAUCAACUAAAUUUACAGAAGGAAGUAAUGUGGACUUGGAGUCUGAUUCUUAGUGACUUAGGUGGUUUCAUUUCUCAUCCCUGAGCCUCAGAUUUUACGACUCUGAAGAAGAGACUAUUAUAAUUGUCCUGUCUUGUCUUAGGGUUAUGCUGGGGAUCAAAUGAUAUGGUACGUGGGAAAGUGCUCCGUAGGCCCCAGGUGCUAGGAGAGUACGGGUUGGUGCAGGAGACUUCCUGGCCAGAUUGUUGAGAGCUAUUAAAUGUGUUUCCAUCUCCCUGUAUAAGUAUUCUUGCCAAAGUGUUCAUCUGAAUCAAAUCAUGAGGAAACAAAUUCAGAUUGUGAGACUUUGUAUUAAACAACUGGCCUGGAUUCUUUAAAAAUAUUAAUGUCAUAAAAGACCAAAAGGACGAGAGAACUCAAAGACACAACAGCUGUCAUGGGGGCGGGGGGUGGCAGGGAAGCAACUGUAAGGAUAUCAUUGAGACAACUCAUCAAGUUUGAAUGUGGAUUCAGUACAAAAUUAAUAUCAUACAGAGUUAAGUUCCUUGGGUAUGAUAAUGGUGUUGUUAAAAAGGACAGGGGUUUUGUUCUUAGGUACUUCAUGCCGAAAUAUUUAGGGAUGGUAACGCAAUUGAACCAUUGAUGUCUACAACUUAUUUUUAAACAGGUCUACAAAAAUAAAAAUAACACGUAUGUAAAUACGCACGGGGGUAUGCACAAAAUGUUCAAAACUGGUGAGU